AUGCGACGAUGCGACCUGACCAAUAUAAGCAAUCACGUUCGCGGAAGCAUCAAUCCAAGUUGCGCGGCUCACCAGAAGCGACCGAAAUUCAAGAAAAACGAAAGGAACGCAGAGCAAAAUUACACAGGCCUCGAAAAAGUGAGCAGAGCGAGAGCGAGAGCGAGGAGGAAGAAGAUUCGGGCAAUUAAGCCAACCCGUCAACGUUCUCAACAACGAACGCUUGGAAGUAAUGCUGACCGAUAUAAGGAUUUACCCAGUGAAGACACCGAGAUCCAAGAUGGAGGUGAUUCGGAAAUAGAUGAUUUCAAGCAAAUGAUAGAUCAUUCGGAGGAUAGGUCAUUCGAUCCGUCAACCUAUUUUCAAUUCAAAGAGGAGAAAGAGUGGAAUGAAAAUAUAAUCGAGGCAGACGAAAUUUAUAAAAACUUGAUGAACAUCCAAUUUGACGAUUUAAACAUGUCGCUAUGCAGCGUUCCACUACAUGAAAGGUUAGAUUUAGCCGACGAUAUUUUUUUGGAAGAAUCGGACGACUUUACAUUCGAUAUGAAACACCCGUUUGUGCCGAAAUCAGUAAGGUCGAUUAAUUUAUUACACGGAAAAUCAGGUGACACUUACCGAUCUGGAGCAAAUGAUAAAAUUUUGGCACCAAACACCAAAACGACUAAACGAGACAAGGAAAAGAGGAUCCUCGAUUCCCGGUCAAAACCACCAAAUAAUAAUAAUACCUCAAAAGUUCCGAUCUCAUCGCCGUCAUUUGUACCUAAACAGCCUGGCAAAUCUGGAAAUACAAAAAAUGUAAAUACUCCCAAGUCCAAAUCAAAUUCACUGGCUGAUUCAUCGAGAUCCAUACUGACCACACCGGUCAAAGAUGAUGAGGACAUUGAUGAUUUCUUAAAGUCGCUUGAAAACGAGGAAGAAGUUGAACCAAAAAACACAUCAAGUUCCAAGUUUCCUAAAAGAGUGUGGAAGAUGACAUGGAAGAUUGGUUAG